AUGGCGGACAACACAACUAUACCGGCGAUGUCGCCGCCGCCAGGAACGGUAUCUAAUUUCACUGAUCCCCCGUACAUUGGUACCAAAUUUCUCGUCGUGAAUUGUGUUUUUCUACCAAUUGCAACUAUUGCGCUGCUGGUCAGGACAUGGACAUGGUUGUUUAUCGUGCGCAGUUUUCGCUGGGAUGACUAUUUUAUGAUUGUAGCUCUGGUUCUAUCUGCCGCCAUGACCGGAGUCACGUUGGAAAUGUUAAACUGGGGUCUGGGAAGACACAUGUGGGACGUUCCAGCCGACUAUCUAUCACCAUGGUUUAUGAAGCUAAACGUGAUCGCCGCCAUCCUUUACUGCGCCGGGACUGGAUUCACUAAAGUUUCUGUUCUUCUUUUCUAUAUGCGCAUCUUUCCCAGUCGCAAUUUCCACCUCGCCGUUUGGGCGAUCGUGUUUGUUGCAGCAGGAUACAGUGUGGCCAGCAUCUUGGCCAAUGUUCUCAGUUGUAGUCCCAUUGAUAAAGCCUGGUAUCCUGCCAAAGCUGGAACUUGUAUGAACCGGCCAGUGUUCUACUUUGCCAAUGCUGGACUGGGCAUUUUCACGGAUUUCGCGACAGUGAUUGUCCCCAUCCCCUGGUUACGCCGAUUGCAGAUGCCAUUACGCCAAAAGAUCGCGGUUAGCUGUAUCUUAGCAAUGGGAUGCUUUGUUGGCGUCGUCAGUUGUAUCCGAUUGUCCACAUUGUAUACUCUUCUCAAAAGCCCCGACCUUACCUGGAGCACGACGGACGCCCUGAUGUGGUGUACGAUCGAGUUGAACCUGGGAAUCACUGGUGGCUGCAUUACGGCGGUGCGCCCAUUCGUUCGUCGUUACUUUCCUCAUCUUCUGGGUCUCUCGUAUGGGAAUGGUUACCAAUCUGGUUCAACGUCUCGCAAGUACGGCCAUCCGCUGGGCUCUGUUCCUCGAGCAAAUGCGCCCGACUUUUCGAAUACUCGCAGUAACCAAUAUUCGACCAAUACGACGACCACAGGUAUGCCAGCAGCGGACAAUGGGAGCGAAGAACAUAUCCUACAAUACCCAGAAAUGCCUGCAAAGAGCAGCGAGGGCAUCGGCAUUGUCCGGACGGUUGAGUUCGACGUGGAGAACUCGAGUGCCCGGAGGUAA